AUGGAUAUCAUGGCUGGAACUGGUGCAGUUGAUACAAUCUGUGUCACUUCCAAAGAGAGUGUCAACACAGAGACUAUAAAGCCCUGUAAAGAAAUCCAGGUUGAUAAAGAUAGAAGUGGAAUAAUAUCUGAUAAUGAACUUCAGCAGGCAUUAUCCAAUGGCACGUGGACUCCAUUUAAUCCAGCAACAGUCAGGUCCAUUCUUGGCAUGUUUGACAGAGAAAACAAAGGUGGCGUGAACUUCAAUGAAUUCACUGGAGUCUGGAAGUACAUCUCAGACUGGCAGAAUGUCUUUCGAACGUAUGACAGAGACAAUUCUGGAAUGAUUGACAAAAAUGAACUAAAGCAAGCACUAACAGGUUUUGGUUACCGACUGUCUGAUCAAUUCUACGAUAUCCUUAUUCGGAAAUUUGACAGACAAGGAAGAGGACAGGUUGCUUUUGAUGACUUUAUUCAGUGCUGUGUUGUUUUACAGAGGCUGACUGAUGUGUUCCGACGAUACGAUACUGAUCAAGAUGGCUGGAUUCAGGUGUCUUAUGAGCAAUAUCUUUCCAUGGUCUUCAGCAUCGUAUGACACUGAUAACUAGGAAUUGCACACUUGCGUUACACAGACUGGAGUUGCCAAAUCAUCCUGUACUGAAUAAGAUUAUUGAUGUAUUAUAAUGGAUAAAACUUCACAUUCUUAAAUUUUGUAUAUUGGUCAUCACCUCCAGAAUCUGUCCUUGAGUUUUUUAUUUUUGCAUUACUGUACGAUAUGACCAUCUCUGCUUACUGUAGUACAGAAAGCACAGAAUCUAGAUUUAACUGGUGCAAUGUCAAACUUAACCAUCUUCCACAUAUCCUGCAUGGGGAAAAAUGACUCUUUAGAAAUGCCAAAUUAAAAUAAUGCUUGUUAGUUUAUAAAAGAGUUAGAAGUCAGAUGAUGCACAACAUGUUUUGCAUGUGCCUUACUUUUGUAAAAGUUUAAUGUAUUAAUUUUUAAUACAGAAUUUAAAAUUAAGUAAAAAUAUUAGAUCAACUUUUCUAGUCUACUUCACUUUUUUACAGCUUUUUUUCAAGGGGGUGGUGGUUUUUAUUUCUGUAUUCUACUUUUCUAUGGGUCAGGGGUCUCUCUUACUUAACAGCGAUGGCCUUUUUCCUGUGCCUGAUCCUUUUAUUUUCUAGCUGCCUCCUUCUCUCAAGGUAUCUGUGAGACAUCUUCAAAUAGAACUUCUUCACAUCUGUGUCCAAUACUGCAUCUUCCUCAAGGAGUUCCCUACAAAAAUAAACUGUCAUCUAACAACUCGGGAGAGAUAGUUCCCUCUGCUUAGUGUGCUCAUUUAACAUCAAAAGUCUUUAUUUUUGUGCUAAAGCACUUAUUUGAAGUGGCCUUGAAUUGACAGUCAAACAUUCUCAUAACUUUACCCUCCAUCUCACUAUUUACAGUUACUGAGGGACACAGUGGAAAAACUGAAG